GGAAUACAUCCACGCUGCAUGAAAGGAAAUACGGAUCAAUAGUCUUUAAGUUUCAAAGCUCAUUUUUACGUUAAUAAGACUUGUAGCAUCGUAGAAUAUCUAAAGAAAAUAGAGAAUAUUACCAAUGAUGAUCCAACGUGUGUCAGUGUACGAGAUUUUUCAUAUCGGGUGGAAGGUCACGUUGUUUCAGGGUGUCGCACUGUAAUGUGUCGUAUUUGUUUCCAAACGGAAGCUUUUCGGUCCUGAACAACAGUUGAUGAUGUAAUUUCCGCUAACUUUUCGCGACGAAAGUCACGAAGCUAACACAUCAGCCCGCAAAAUGAGUUUGUUUUUGCCUAAAUUAACAACCAAAAAGGACAUUGAUGAUGUUAUCAAAGGGGUGGCUGAAAAAGUCGUUGUUCUGCGAUUUGGGAGAGACGAAGACUCGGUUUGUUUGCAGCUGGAUGAGAUUUUAUCGAAAACUGCUCACGACUUGAGCAACAUGGCUUCCAUUUAUAUAAUAGAUGUAGACAAAGCGCUGAUAUACACAAGAUAUUUCGACAUUAGUUACAUUCCUUCAACUGUUUUCUUUUUCAACGGGCAGCACAUGAAAGUUGACUAUGGCUCACCAGAUCACACCAAGUUUGUCGGCAGCUUCAAAACCAAGCAGGACUUUAAGGAUUUGAUUGAGGUCAUCUACAGAGGAGCCAUGCGAGGAAAAAUGAUUGUCCGUAGUCCUAUUGACCCUCGAAAUAUCCCAAAAUACGACCUCCUCUUUCAUGGGAUUUAGAGCCAUACCUUUGUCAGACUAAGUAAUGUUGUAAAGCAGUGAAUCACUGACUCGUGAAAACAAUAGAUGGUUCUGACUGAUAGAUGUAGGAGUUGCUUUUUCACUUUGUUGUUAGGUCGUGGACACAAAUUUUUUUAAAAACUAUUUAUUUUGAACGUUUCCCAUGGAAAACACCUGAUUAGACAAUUACUUUGGUUUUGUAUGAAUAUUUAAUAAAAUGUCAUGUUUAAAAUUGUCUCUCCUUUAAGUUGUUUUUCUUUUUCUGUUAUCAUUGGCCAGUUUCUGUAUUGUUGUUUUUUACUCGAUGCAUGCUUAGGUGGUGGUCAUCCCAGUUGGUGUAACCACCUCAUUGUAAAGGUGUGAAAUUGAAUGAAGGAAAUACAAUUUCUGCUAUUUUAUUUUGAUUGAAUUGAAAUAUGUUUACAGCCAAAAACAAACUGUCGAUGCAUGUAUGUAAUAAUUAAAUAAUGCUUUCUUUUGCUGUGCUAC